GGUCACGAUGCAAGUCAAAAGUCAAAAGAUCAGUCAUAAGACAGUGAACAGUGAACUUUAGCCACCUCCAUUUUCUUUCCAAGGUUGAUAAAUUUGUCAUCUUUGUGCUCGCUCACAUCUGUACUCAGCCAUGGCUUCCCAGAUCACCGUCGACUCACGCAGCGGCUUCUGUACAUCCAACUCAACUUUCUACAGUAAGCGGAACCCUAUCCCUCUUCCGUCCACCCACUCGAUAGAUGUGACGACUUUCAUAUCGUCGCGUGCCCACCAGGGGAAGAUUGCCUUCAUCGACGCCGCCACCGGUCGCCAGCUCAGCUUUUCCGACGUUUGGAGAGCAGUGGAGUCGGUGGCGACGUCUCUCUCCCUUGACAUGGGCAUACGUAAGGGUCACGUUGUGCUUCUACUUUCUCCCAAUUCCAUCUUCUUCCCCAUCAUCUGCCUCGCCGUAAUGUCCCUCGGCGCCGUUAUAACUACCACUAAUCCACUCAACACCCCCCGCGAAAUCGGCAAACAGAUCUCUGAUUCGAAACCGGUUCUCGCUUUCACUGUUACUGAACUUCUCCCAAAACUAGCCGAUUCGAAUCUCCCUGUGGUGCUCAUCGGAGGAGAUUCCAGUUCUACACCGAAAACCAACCUGAGGAUCGUGAGUAGACUGGAAGAGAUGAUGAAAAAGGCGCCGAGUCAGACUCGCUUCAAAGAAAGGGUCACUCAGGACGACACGGCGACUCUCCUGUACUCCUCCGGCACCACCGGGGCUAGCAAGGGUGUGGUCUCCUCGCACAGAAACCUAAUCGCGAUGGUCCAGACGGUGGUUGGACGGUUUAGGUUAGACGACGAUGAAGAGACGCAAACCUUCAUCUGCACCGUGCCGAUGUUUCACAUCUACGGAUUAGCAGCAUUCGCCACCGGGCUAUUAGCUUCCGGGUCGACAAUUGUGGUGCUAUCCAAAUUCGAGAUGGAUGAAAUGCUAUCAAGUAUUAACAAAUACCGCGCAUCGUAUCUCCCACUGGUGCCGCCGAUUCUGGUGGCGCUAAUCAACUUCGCCAACUCGAUUAAGAACAAGUACGAUCUCAGCAGCUUGAAGAAAGUUCUGUCUGGUGGUGCCCCUUUAAGCAGGGAGGUGAUUGAAGGUUUUGUGGAGAAGUACCCGGGGGUGACAAUCCUGCAAGGGUAUGGAUUGACGGAGUCGACCGGAAUUGGGGCGUCGACUGACUCGUUGGAGGAGAGCCGGAAGUACGGAACGGCGGGGUUGUUGUCUCCGAGCAUGGAGGCGAGAAUUGUAGACCCCGAUAGUGGGGAAUUAUUGCCGGUGAACCGCACCGGUGAGCUGUGGCUCAGGGGACCCUGUAUUAUGAAAGGUUACUUCAGUAAUGAAGAAGCUACGGCAUCAACACUAGAUUCAAACGGAUGGUUAAGAACUGGGGAUCUGUGUUACAUUGAUGAUGAUGGAUUUAUAUUUGUGGUUGAUAGAUUAAAGGAGCUGAUUAAGUACAAGGGCUACCAGGUUCCUCCGGCAGAGUUGGAGGCUUUGUUGCUAACUCACCCUGAAGUUGCUGAUGCUGCUGUUAUACCGUUUCCCGACAAGGAUGUUGGACAGUUUCCAAUGGUAUAUGUGGUGCGGAAAACUGGAAGUAGUAUCUCAGAAAAUGCAGUCAUGGAUUUUGUUGGCAAGCAGGUGGCUCCAUACAAGAGGAUAAGGCGAGUGGCAUUUGUAGCUUCCAUCCCCAAGAAUCCUUCAGGCAAGAUACUAAGGAAAGAUUUAAUAAAGCUCGCCACUUCUAAACUAUGAGUCAUUAAAGUUUUGCCAUAUGCGUGGAUUGGACAUUUUUCUGUUAUGUAAUAAUUUUGAUAUGUAAGCAAUAAAUUACAGUUUUAAGAUUUCA